GUCGUCAGCAGGAGAACCUGGCUGCGCGGAGGAGGUGUUUGUCCCUGACUGCUCGUUAACAUGUGCAGCUCGCUGGCCUCCAGUUCCUCUCCCAAGAUGGCCGACAGGGUCAGACAGCCGAUGCGGUCUCACGUUUGGCUGAAAAAAACACCAUGCUUACCAGAACCAAAGACAUAAAUACGCAUUUAUAUGCUUAUAAAUGCGUAUUUAUGUCUACAACCGGAACUUUGAAGGAGUUGGAGAUCAACAAGCUGAAGGUGGUGAAUUUCCUCCAGGGCAGCAGAGGGCGACAAAAGGCGCCACGGCACCACUUCCGGGGUGAAAAAUCCCCUUCCGGUGGGUAAAAAACAAACCGGACCGCGGUGACUCCAGCAGAACCUAAGUGGCUAACCGUGGCUGCUGAAUGAACAGGCGGUUCAGUUCGGCUCGGCUCAGUCGGUCAGUAUGGUGAAGUGUGUGGUCUCCGGCUGUCCGAACCGGGUGGACGGGUCCAAUCACGGGGUGUUCAACGGAACCAAGAAACAAUUCUUCACGUUCCCGCGAGAUCCAACAAGGGUCAAGGUGUGGCUGGCGGCACUGCGGCAGGCGGACCAGCAGAACCAGAACCAGAACCUGAUCUGUGAGGACCACUUCCUGCCGGAGGACAUCUUGUCGGGUGACGUCAGCACCGACGCCAUUCCCAUCAUGCCUCCCUGCCUGGACGGGCCGCUGGACCUGUUGGACCGGUGGGGAGCCGGGUCGGAGGACGACGAGGACCAGUGGGUCGGAACCGCUGGGCCCGGUGAGGAAGAGGAGGAUGAAGGCUGCCUCCCCUUUAACACCAAGAUGGCUGCUGCAGCACUUCCUGCUCUGGACCCAACAGAACAGAACCCGGCUCUCAAAGCGGUGCCAGAAGGUCCGACUCUCAGCCAGCAGCAGCAGAACGGGCUGAUUCGGACCCGGGAAGACGUGUCACUGCUGGUUCUGACCCGGCGGUUCCUGGACCUGUUCCUGACCGCGCCGGACGGCUGCCUGGACCUGCGCAGCGCCAUCGCCAGCCUCAGGACGCGCCGCCGCCGCGUCUAUGACAUCACCAACGUGCUGCAGGGCGUCCAGCUCGUCCAGAAGGAGUCUGUCAACCGGAUCCGCUGGAUAGGAAGCAGCCCCGCCUCCAGCUACCUGGGUCAGAACCGGGCCCGGUCCAACAUGGCCGACCUGAAGCUGGUGGAGGAAACUCUGGACUCUCUGAUCCGGACCAGCGCCGAGCAGCUCUUCCACCUGACCGACGACCCGCACAACUCCAGGCUGGCCUACGUGACCCGGCAGGACCUGGUCGGGCUGCAGAACCUCCAGAACCAGACGGUUCUGGUGGUGAAGGCGCCGGAGGAAACCAAGCUGGAAGUUCCGGCUCCUACCGAGGACAGCAUCCAGAUCCACCUGAAGGGCGGGACGGGUCCGAUCCGGGUUGUGACCUGCGACGCUGGAACCGCUGGAGAAGUGGGCUUUUCUCCCCUGGAGGAGAGUCGGAUCAGAACCGCUGAGCUGCACGCAGGUAGCUUCAGAACCGAGCCGGGUCCACCAGAACCUCUGACCUAUUGAAGAAACCGGUCAGCAGAACCGGGUCCAGAGUGCGUAGCUCCAACCGGGCCAGCAGGGGGCGCUGCAGGCUGAGAACAGGAGGAACCAUCCACAGAGGAACCGGACCGGAACCGGAACCGGAACCAGGAGUGAAGUGAUACUAGGAGCUUUAUUAUGAUUUUUAUUUUUUCCUGUUUGUUUGGUUCUGGUUUUGUUUUGAGCUCAGAACUUUCUGACAGAACCGGGCCGGGAUGUUCUGAAAUAAAGAGUAAAUAAAACCUGGA